AUGGCGGCAGAGGCUGUGCAGGAGGCUGAGGCCUGGCAGUGCGGAGGCGAGGCCGCGCCGGGGGCGGAGUUGGUGUUCGUGGUGGAGGAUAUCAUGGCGGUGGUGGAGGUCGUGGCGGUGGAAGACGAGGAGGUGACUCAGGCAGAGCAGGACGAGAAGCUGCAGGAGCUGCCGCAGGAAGAGCCAGUGCUGGGACCCGAGCCAGCCGGGGCCCCAUUGGCCGCGCUCGAAGAUGUUCAGUUAGCGCUCAGCUCUGUGGAUGCCCAAGCUACCAGGGCCUACGUGCGGCUCAAGCGCAGGAGGAAUCAGAAGCGGAGUUCUCACCUGGCUCGCCGGAGGGCCAUCAUCCAGUGCAUCCCUGGCUUCUGGGCCCAGGCCGUAUCCUUCCUCCGGCUGGUGGGGCUUGGCUGCUGUGCAGGGGCACCGGGAGGAGGGCAGAAACAGAGCCACGGCCACGGCCAGGGCGCUGUGGGAAAGGACGUGCUCAGCUACAUGACCAAUUUGGAGGUGGAGGAAUUGUUCCAUCCUAAGUACCUCUGCAGGUUGAUGUUUUUCUUUGAGAACAACCCCUACUUCCAGAACAAAGUGAUCAUUAAGGAGUAUCACCUCAGCAUUACGGGGUACGGGUCGUCUCAUUCCACUCCCAUCCAGUGGCACCAGGAUUAUGAACGGGAGGCCUACAGUCGCAGGCACCACAACCCCAGUCUUAGCUUCUUCAACUGGUUCUCUGCCCACAGUUUUGCCGGGUCUAGCAGGAUAGCCGAGGUCAUCAUCGAGGACCUGUGGCCCAAUCCCCUGCAGUACUACCCGAGGCAGGAAGGCAGCCAAAGGGAAUGA